CGGCAUCCUUACUAUGCGAGUAAAUUAUGUUAAAACUGUGGCAACCGGAGGCAUAAUCCUUAAACGACACUGUUUCUACUAUUCGUUGUUCGGGGACUUCGGCCAGCGCAGAAGUGCCAUGCUGCUGCGCUCGUCCAAUAUGUUAUUGUCAGAGAGCGCACAGAGGAUAUAGUGGAGUCAUGGGCGCGUCGCACAGAUACCCAUAGUGCUCGCACGGGCAGCGGGGUUCCCCAGCGGCUCUCGUUUCUGUAGAAUCUAAUUCACAAAGUUGUGAAGCGUUGCAGUCGGACAUCAAAGGAGACCAUCUUAAAACGCGUAACAGGUUUAUAUGUGAAGAGCAAGAUGUUCGGAUGAUGAAGGUCUCAUCCUGAAACGGAAUUACGCGGGCUGUCUUCAUCUGAAAGGGUACCAUUCACCUGGAAUACCUGGACCUGAUUACGAUUGUGGGAGAUGGCCGCAAUCGCCAGCUCCCUGAUCCGUCAGAAACGACAGGCACGGGAGUCCAACAGCGACCGGGUUUCAGCCUCGAAACGUCGCCCCAGCCCCAGCAAAGACCCUCGCUCCCUCUGCGAGCGACAUUUCCUUGGGGUCUUCAGUAAAGUCCGCUUCUGCAGCGGCAAGAAAAGACCUGUUCGCCGGCGACCAGAUGCUCCUUCGAAACCUCCACAGGUGUCCCGUAAGGGCGUCAGGCUAGAGCCACAGCUGAAAGGCAUUGUGACCCGGCUGUUCAGUCAGCAGGGCUUCUACCUGCAGAUGCAGCCAGAUGGGACCAUCGAUGGGACCAAGGACGAGAACAGUGACUACACCCUGUUUAACCUCAUCCCAGUCGGACUGCGAGUGGUGGCCAUCCAGGGAGUGAAGGCUGGCUUCUAUAUUGGCAUGAAUGGAGAAGGCAUACUCUACAGCUCAGAGAUGUUCACACCGGAAUGUAAAUUCAAGGAGUCAGUGUUUGAGAACUACUACGUCAUCUACUCAUCCAUUAUGUACCGGCAGCAGGAGUCAGGGCGAGCCUGGUUUUUGGGCCUUACCAAGGAAGGGCAGGUCAUGAAGGGCAAUCGAGUGAAGAAAACCAAGCCCUCGUCCCACUUCCUACCAAGGCCUAUUGAAGUUUGCAUGUACAGGGAGCCGUCGCUGCAUGAGAUCGAGGACAAGCACCGCUCCAGGAAAAGCUCAGGAACUCCUGCCAUGAAUGGGGGCAAAGGGGUGAACCAGAUCGCCACAUAGCAGGGGAUGUGCGCAGGGCUGCUGUUAACGCACAACCCACCCCAAGGCAUGGUACCCAGCACCACGGCAAUCCUGUAUUACACUCAAGAUGACAAACUCUGUUCCGUGCAAACUCUUAGGAGAACUCAGAGCGGAUCAAAGUGGAGAAAAACAGCUAUAUCCUCAGUCGGCAGUGGAACUCACAAUUUAUGAUAAAAAACAAAAAUGGUUAACAAUAGGUCGAUGAUAGCAAAUAAACCUUUUUUGUUUUGAAUUGAUGCUGUGAAACAAACAUAGCUUUAAGAACAUUCUUGUGUUACGAUAAUUCCUGAAUCCUCUUGCACCUCUUCGUAUAUCAGUGUGUUACUGAUAAAGAGACUAUUCUUUACUGAUCUUUUCUUCUCCACUAACCAUGACUAUUCUUCUUCUGUUUUGUCAA